AUGGAACUCCUCUCAACACCAGAUGGAUUCAUCCCUAAUUAUAAGUGUCACAUUCAGAAUAAUCUGAUAGCAGUCAUAGGAGGACCAAGUUCUAUUGAAUUUCUUGAUAUGGCUACCAUUAUGACAGCUUACAAGUUUGUGCAGGUUGCAUAUAGUUCUGCCCCAGAGACAAAUAGCACCAUGCAAAGUCAUUUCUUUUACUGGAUGCUCCCAAAGGUCGAUCAUCAGUAUCAUGGACUUCUCCAACUCUUUUUGCAUUUUGGUUGGACCUGGAUUGGGAUUUUGUACCUUAAUGUCGGCAACAUAGCUGAGAACUUGCUGAGGAAUGUUAUUCCCAUGUUUUCCAGAAGUGGGAUCUGUUUUGAAUUUAUAGAAAAAAUAUCAAAUGGAUUUCUCAGUGAGGAUGAGAAGACAAUGCAUGCAUCAUACAAUAUUUUAAGUGUUGUUUUGAAGAGUACUACUAAAAUAGUGAUGUUUCUGGGGGGAUUUCAGAGUGUGCUAAAUUUAAGGGCUUUGCUCAGAAUUUCAGAAUAUAAUGAUAUGCCAUAUAACCCCAAGGUUUGGUUUAUGACAGCAGAGGUAGAUUUCUCGUCUGUUCCUUUCCAAAGAUAUUGGGAUCUUAAUUUCAUUCAUGGCUCUAUGACACUUGCAAUACACUCAAAACAAGUGUCGGCUUUCCAGAAAUUUGUUCAGAUGAGGAGCCCGGUUUUAGAUAAGGAAGAUGGAUUUCUAAUUCAGUUCUGGCAACAGAUGUUUAAUUGUUUGCUCCAAUCUUCCAUCGCAGACAAAGAGGAUGACAAUAUCUGCACUGGGGAAGAGAAACUAGAGACUCUCCCUGCAUCUGUGUUUGAAACCAGCAUGACUGCCCAUAGCUACAGUAUCUACAAUGCUGUCUAUGCGAUUGCACAUGCUUUGCAUACCAUGUAUUAUUUCCAAGGCCAACAAAGAACAAUGAUGAGAGAGAAUCUCCUUAGUCAACAGUCAUGGAUGCUCCACCGCUUUCUACAAAGUAUAUCAUUUAACAAUAGUGCUGGAGAAAAAAUUUAUUUUGACCAGAAUGGUGAAUUGCUGGGUGGACUUGACAUAAUAAACUGGAUCACUUCCUCAAACCAGACCUUUCUCAGAAAGAUAGUUGGAAAGAUAGAUCCAUGGGCAACCACCAACAAACAUUUGAUUAUUUAUGAACAUGAUGUGGUUUGGCCCAGCUUGUUUAAUCAGGAACAGCCUGUUUCACUUUGUAAUGAGAAAUGCAAUCCAGGUUACCGCAAGGCCAAGAUUGAAGGGCAAUCAUUUUGUUGCUAUAACUGCACUCGAUGCCCAGAAGGAAAGAUCACAAAUCAGAUAGAUCUAGAUGACUGUUUCCAGUGCUCAGAAGAUGAAUAUCCAAACAACAAGCAGGAUUUAUGCAUGGCAAAAGAUAUAAGUUACUUAGCUUAUGAAGAACCUUUGGGGACCACCUUAGUGACUUUGGCUCUUGUGCUUUCUUUUAUCACAAUAUUGGUGUUAGGAAUCUUCAGGAAGUAUCACAACACUCCAAUUAUCAAAGCCAACAACCGCAGCCUCUCCUAUACCCUCCUCCUCUCCCUUCUCCUCUCCUUUCUUUGCUCUCUACUUUUCAUUGGUCAACCCAUGAAGGUGACUUGUCUCCUUCGACAGACUUCUUUUGGGAUGAUCUUCACUGUAGCUGUUUCUUGUAUGUUGGCCAAAACUAUAACUGUGGUGUUUGCGUUCAUGGCCACCAAGCCAGGAUCACGGAUGAGGACAUGGGUUGGGAAAACUCUAUCCCUUUCCAUUGUUCUCUCCUGCUCCUUUAUUCAAUUUCUUCUUUGUACUGUGUGGUUAGCAACCUCACCCCCUUUCCCAGACAUGGAUAAUCAUUCCUUCAUUUCUGAAAUCAUUGUGGAAUGCAAUGAAGGGUCAGUUGUCAUGUUUUAUAGUGUUUUGUCUUUUAUGGGUUUCCUGGCUAUAGUCAGUUUUAUUGCAGCUUUCCUAGCUAGGAAGUUACCAGACACUUUCCAGGAAACCAAAUCUAUCACAUUCAGCAUGCUGAUUUUUUGCAGUGUCUGGUUGUCCUUUGUGCCAGCCUACAUGAGCACCAAAGGCAAAUACAUGGUAGCUGUGGAGAUCUUCUCCCUCCUGGCCUCCAGCACUGGGCUUUUGGCUUGUGUCUUUUCCCCCAAAUGCUACAUUAUCAUCAUGAGGCCUCAUCUGAAUAAAAAGGAGCAUCUCAUAAAGAGAAUUAUUUAA